AUGCACACCAUACAACAAGCUUAUUCGGCCAAGAUCUACUACAGCUUCUUGUUGGGGGGAAGUCUCUGGAGCAGGUUCAUGACCGCUCGCUACCCAGAUGAAAACGUGAGGGCUUCAGAUUCGUUAAUACGGCGCAGGAUGUGGACCAUGAAAGCCUUUGUGGAGGAUAAUCUCAUGUCAUCUGCAGAAUCCAUAAUCUGGGCUCCAUCUACAUAUGGGGACUUCACUCUGUCCUCAGCCUACGAUUUUUUGCGACCAAAGAGGGGACGUUGUCUUUCGUCGGCCAGCAUUUGGGGAAGGUUUAUUCCAUCUAAAAUCUCAGUUUUUAUGUGGAAGCUACUGAGGAGGCUCCUGCCUUUCCCUGAUGUCAUUGAGAGAUUUGGUUACUGUGUGCCUUCUGUUUGUCCGUUUUGUGUUGCUGCAAGUGCAAGCCUGGAGCAUUGUCUGUUUGGCUGUAACGAAGCACAGAGAGUGUGGACUUUUUUCAGCAGAUUAUCCGGAUUAAAUCUGGGCAACUCAUCCACCAUUCGUACUGCCUGUCAUGCAUGGUGGCUCCUGGCUGCUCCAGAUUCUGCGGUGGGAAGCUUUUCAUGCCUGUUGCCUUGCCUUAUUCUCUGGUUCUUAUGGGUGGCAUACACAGAUUGCCUCUACAACGGGUCUAGGUACUCGUCUUCAGAAGUUAUUAGGAAGAUCAAAAGGGAAUCCUAUCUCAUCUCUUUAGCCUGUCCACCUCGCAACAUGGGAGCAUUUGGAUUUUGUCUUCAAGCUGAAGGCUUGAUUGCCAGAUUUGCUAUCCCCCGCGGCGUACGACACAGUGGGUCAAGUGUUGGUGCGGCGGGUGGGGCAUGUCUUCGAGAUUCUCGGGGCCUGUUGGUUGCUGGAAUCUGCUUCCGUUUGGAUGUCUCUUCCGCUCUUGAGGCUGAAGUGCUAGCUCUGCGGAAAGCCCUACAAUGGUGCGACACUAUGGUGUUACGACCAUAUAUCAUUGAAGUAGACUCUCUUCAGCUUGUCCGUUUGGCCUCCUCUUCGGACGCGAUGCCAUGGAAACUCCAAGAAGCUAUGUUUUACAUACGGACGUACGUUGCGGCUUGGGGUGCAGUGAUUAAACAUGCUUAUCGGGAAGCAAACAGCGUAGCAGAUGCCCUUGCGGCAGAAGGCUUAGUCGCUAUUACUCCCUCCAUCUUUCGCUCCUUUAAUGCUUUGCCUACCAAAGCCAAAUUGGCUCUCUUGUAUGAUUACAGGGGGUUUACUGCCUGCCGAACUAUUCCUCAAUAA